AACUAACAUGCAAAUGAUUCAUAAAUUUAAAAUUAUUCAUUGUUUAUCUCCUAGAUGAGGAGGAUCUUCAUUAAACCGAGCAUUGUGUUCACGAAAAUCAUUUUCACUAUUGUAACUACUAUCAUUUUCUUCACCAAUUGAUUUCAAGUCAAUUCCUCCACUUGCACUACCAAUAUGAAAUGAUCCUCCUUCAUCACAUUGCACUUCUUUAUCAAUAACAUAGGAAUACUAAACUCGGUUCUGUCUAUUCUUAAAAAGAUAUGAGUCAACCAAUGUUCCCAAUUUCAUAAGGGACUAUUGAAGAAAACUCACAAUUUUUCUAUACAGUUUCUACAAGUUUAGAAAUCAUAACAAUCAUGAAUACUGAUUGCAUUGUAUGUAGACAAAUUUGCUACAAGAUUAAAGAGAACUCAUAAAAUUCUUCACAAAAUUAUUUAGCAAUUGAUAAAUUGAUAACCAAAAUCAAGGAAAAUAUUAACUGUAAUGUAAAAGCACCUUGGCUUCAAAAAUCAAGUGAGAAAGGCGAGGAGAUUUUAGUUGAAAUCAAUGGUGAAGGUUGGUGGAUGAAGGCACGGUGGAGGUGAUGCUCUGGCUACCGAUCUGCUAUCCAAUCUGGAGAAGCGAUGCAGAAGCGAUGAACUGAUGAAGGUUGAUCUGAUCUGCUACCCUCUGCUUCCCGAUCUGGAGAUGUGAUGGAGGAGCUGAUCUGCUGCUAGAUCUGGAGACGCAAAGGAGAAGCGAUCUGUUGCCUGAUCUGCUACGGUGCUACCUUGUGGUUUCUUCUUUGUCAAUAUGGCUGGAAAAGUGAUGGAAAAUUGGAAACUAAAGAAUGCAGAACUGCAAUGGAGAAGCAACAUCAAAUCUGGAGAAGCAAUGGAGACUGGAUUUGAGAGUGGAGAACCGAUAGAGAUUGGAGAAUGGAGAAAAAACAAUCAGAUUUUGCUUGUGUUGGAAAAAGUGGGAAAUCAAGAUGAAGCCAUGGAAGAUGAAUCAUUUGAAGCAAUGCAAAAUGUCUUCUCAAGUGAUAGUACUCACAAGAACAAUGAUGAUGUGGCAGCAAGAGAUAAGGUGGUGGAUGAACCAUCAGUAAAUCUACCGAUCUACAUGAACGAUAUGUAUAGCUUACUGGAAAUGCCAAGGAUGAAUUGCAAGGAUAGGGGAAAGGAUUCAAAAGGGGUACUUUGUGUUGAAAAUGGGCCUGAGAAAAUAAAUACUCAAAAUGGGCUUGAUGAGGAAAGCCUUGAAUCUCUUUACGUUACAAAUGAGCCAAUAGAAAAAAUAAACCCAAGAUUUGAUGGGGACACUCUGCAAGACUGUGAGAAAGCCCAAUUUAUCGAGAACCAUGUCAAAAUGGACAACAAGGAAGAUUCUUGCGAAGGACAAAAAGGAACAUUGAGUAGGGAUUUGUCUUUCAAAUCUGAUGGGGAAGUGGAAAGAGAUCAAGAAAAAUCCCUUUGGGAAGGACUUGAAAGUGAUUCAGAAAGGCUAGAAGAAUGGAUGGAGAGGAGAAAGAGGUGCAGUUUGAAGAAAAGAAAGGCUAGGAAGGCUCAGUCUUGUGCAUCUAUGUAUAGAAGUGCCCUUAUUAUAUUUUGACAUGCAAGGCAAAAGGGAAGGAACAAGAAACAAUAGAGAAAGCCAGGUUUAGAAGAUAAAGUCCCAGUUUUUUU